AUGAGCUUUCUGCGAUCUGCGCGCCUGCGCCGCGCGCCGCAGCGCAACCUCCGAAGCUCGGGAGAAGCCUGCCAGGUCAACGUCCUGGGAGAGGAGGAAGAUGAAGACGAGCACCCGGAGGAAGAAGACGCGGACCCGGAAAGGGGCCAGAAAUGCCUAGAGCGGCAGCGCAGGCCGGGGCGCACUGAGGGCGGCGAGCUCGAGGCUCCGACGAGGUGCGCGGCGGCCCCUGGAGACGCUCCGCAGCCGGCCAAGCCCCCGUACUCGUACAUCGCGCUCAUCACCAUGGCCAUACUGCAAAGCCCGCACAAGCGCCUCACGCUCAGCGGCAUCUGCGCCUUCAUCAGCGGCCGCUUCCCCUACUACCGCCGCAAGUUUCCCGCCUGGCAGAACAGCAUCCGCCACAACCUCUCUCUCAACGACUGCUUCGUCAAGAUCCCCCGCGAGCCGGGCCACCCGGGCAAGGGCAACUACUGGAGCCUGGACCCCGCCUCCCAGGACAUGUUCGACAACGGCAGCUUCCUGCGCCGGAGGAAGCGCUUCAAGCGCCACCACCCGGCCCCGGGAAGCCACCUGCACCACCCCUUCGCCCUGCCCGCACCUCCCGCCACCCUGCUCGGCCCCCAUCCCGGCCUCGAGCUGGGGCCCGCGGGCCCGCCAUCGCCUGUCCCCGGGAGCCGCCCGUGCGCUCUCCUGCACCCACAUCCGCUCCGCUACUUGCUGCUCUCCCCUCCCACCUACACCGAGGCGCCCAGGAGAGCGGAAGGCGCGGACUUGGGGACCUCCGGAGCCCUCACAGCCCUACGGCCCUCUCCCGGCUCCGGGUCGUGGGAGGAGAGCUCUGGCUCGGCUCAGCGGCGCAGGGAUGGGUGCACCUCCUUCAGCAUCGAGAGUAUCAUGCGCGGCGUCGGCGCGGGAGCCGACCCUGCGACGCCCUGGGGCUGCUACCACCUGCUCCAGCGCCCGUCCUGCCUGCUGCAUCCCCAGGCCGCCGCCCCCUUGCUGCACGUGUCCGCUGCCGCCGCCCGGACAAUUUUGCAGCAGCAGCCGCAGCACCUGCACCAAGAGCACCAGCAGCACCAGCACCAGCAGCACCGUGCCAGUGGCUGUGCACCCAGCAAAGGCGCGCUGCUGGGCCGACACUUGUCCGCCGUUGCAGCCCUGCUGAGGUGCCCGCCGGCUGCUGAGGGCUCCAGGCUGACAGCGUUGGCCGCCGCUUCGGGCCGAGAGGGGGCCUCGCCAGCGCUUUGA